AUGUCAAAUGUAGUGAAUUAUUUUUUUAAAAAUUUCGUCCUGAAGGAAAAGAAAACAAUCCUGAAAUGGGGUAUGCUGAAAAGAAGGUACUCCAAAAUAACAAGUGUUAAUGUGAAUAACUGGAAUGACAUCCACAGGGAGAUAAUUCAUAAAAUCCAUGAGAGCGAUUUCGUUUCGAUUGACGUGGAGUACACAGGGCUACACCUAAAAGAUGAGAGGUACAUAUCUAUAGAUUCGAGUUAUGAAGCCCAUUGUUAUGGAGCCAAAUCUUUUUUCCCGUGCCAAAUUGGAAUUACCGUGGCUAGGAAAAAUGACACAAAAGAGAAGGAGAAACGGGUACCAGACGGAGGAGGAGAAAAAGAAAAGGAACAGCUUCGAAAGAUGAAUGUACACAAUAUUAAAGUUGCAAGACAGGAGAAUGAAAAAGUAGACCACAAGUACAGCUUAAAGUGUGACCAAGAGUGGGACAUAUCACCUUACUGUAUUUAUGUUUUCCCAAAGGAAAAUAAAUACUUCAGUGUAUCUACAACCACUCUUAUUUUUUUAAAGGAAAAUAAUUUCGAUUUUAACGAAUGGAUUUGUAAUGGUGUGGGUUAUUUAACGCCACCUGAGGAGGAAGAGAAAAAAAAAUAUAUCUUUGAAAAAAUGGAUGAGCUAAAGAAUUUGAUGAAUAAAUGUAGCACGAAAACGGAGGAUGUCAAAAAGAACUUGGAUGACAGAAAAAAAAAAGUCGAUGUGGGGAAAAUUAUUCAAGAAAUAGAAAAUUAUAAAAUUGUGGACGAUGAGGAUAAGGAAGCCGUUAUUGAAAUAAUAAAGAAGAUUGGAAUUUGGCUCACUCGCGGGGAUAUGGCCCAUCCUGUAGGGAGGUUUAAUCAAGGAGAGGGGGAUAAAACAAAUUCGGUGGGAGAGGAUAACUGUGCAGAUGGGCCAUUCUUACACCAAUUGGAAGAUGUAGGGAAUCCCCCCUCGCAUCAUAUCAAUGCAACCUUUCAACGAGGUGGUACCAAUAGGAAUAAUUGCAACAGUGUGUACACGAAUUAUACACACGAUUGUGGGGGUAAUGAGGAAAAAAGUGCCACGUUCAAGGGAAACAUUCCCGGUUCGUUAGAAUCUAAAAGUAAUGACCAUGUUGCUUCCACUCGUAUAAACAGUGAUGACAUCCCAUUAAACUCUAAUCAUGUAGACGCGUCCAUCCAUGGGGAAAACCCAAACGAUGAUCCAUCGGAUUGUCCCCUAUACAUAGAAAUAGAAAACCCGUAUCUACGAUUACUUGCCCAUACGUUAAUAACGAAAUAUUUCGACGGCAUUUUCUGCAUAUCUGUCAAGGUGAAUGAUAAAAAGCAUUUAGCUAUCUAUCGAACGGAGAAGGAUUCGUACAAAGAACAAAUUAAAACAUUAGAAUUGGAGAUAGAGAAAAUAAACCAAACAGUUGGAGUGAGAUUACUGUUCGAUGAAAUUAUAAAAAAUAAAAAAAUAAUUAUUGGACAUAAUUGCUUUUAUGAUAUCCUGCACAUUUAUCAGACCUUCUAUCAUGAGUUGCCAAAUUCGAUUAGUGUCUUUAAGAAUAAAUGGACAGAGAUAUUUCCCUACACAUUUGAUACAAAAUACUUGAACGAAACGAAUGAAUAUUUAUAUGCACUGAAUGGCCCUGCGACUUUGAAGGGGUUAUGUGAGUACAUGGCUUCCCUCAUUUCGGCCAGCAACGAUUUCGAUUUUGUUUUUAAUUUUACGAAGGGUCAUUCGGACCUCCCUCAAUGUUUUGUCCCUCUUGUGAAGUUCGGGGAUGGGCCAAAUGGUGCAGUGGGUAAUGUUCUUGGCACCACAGCGAGGUACGCGUCCAUAGAAGGGGAAAAUGAAGCAAAUAAUGACGCAGAUAAGGAAAAUAAUAACCGUUCGGAUGAUAGGAAAAAGGACAAUAUGUAUCAAAAUGGAGUAGAAUUAGUCUCCCCCCAACAGAGAAGCCACGAUUGUCAUGUAAAUGCCAAAACGAGUGAUGAACAUAACGCUGGUUACGAUAGCCUCCUAACAUGCCUGCUUUUCAUAUUCCAGUGUCACUACAUUUUGAGAAAAAAUAAUAUGAUGUGGAAAAAUAUUUACUUCAGUAAAACAAAAAGCACGAACGAAAGCGGCAAAUCAUUUUUUGAUAUUUUCCUAACCAUGUGUAAUAAAAUAAAGAUUGUAAAAACGCAGCCUAAUGUGGUAUCGCUAACCAGUGCGGAAAACUACGAAAUGGCCAGACAUUUUUACAUGUAUGAUUAUCCCAGCUAUUUUAAAAAAUGGGAAAUCAUGAAAAUUUGGUCCCCCAUUUGGAUUUCCCUAAGUAAGGUGGAUGACCAAUCCUGCUGGAUAAUAGCCAAAAGUGACGACGACGCAAAAAACAUUAAGAUGAUAUAUAAGAUGCUGCAGAACCCGCAGUUCAAGUUGUGCACCUAUGAGGAGUACAUGAACAAGUUUAAGUCCAAGUAG